UUCAGGGCGCCGGCAAGUUGGGUUGGACUUCCCGGAGGAUUCCCGUCAUCCCCUCCCGCGCUGUCCUCAGGCCCUGGCCGUGGCCUCCGAGGCCGAGCACCGUCUGUUUGAGCGGCUGUUCGAGGAUUACAACGAGAUCAUCCGGCCUGUGGCCAACGUGUCGGACCCAGUCAUCAUCCAGUUUGAAGUGUCCAUGUCUCAGCUGGUGAAGGUGGACGAAGUCAACCAGAUCAUGGAGACCAACCUGUGGCUCAAGCAAAUCUGGAAUGACUACAAGCUGAAGUGGGACCCCUCUGACUACGAUGGGGCGGAGUUCAUGCGCGUCCCCGCACAGAAGAUCUGGAAGCCGGACAUCGUGCUGUACAACAAUGCUGUCGGGGACUUCCAGGUGGACGACAAGACCAAGGCUUUACUCAAGUACACAGGGGAAGUGACUUGGAUCCCGCCGGCCAUCUUCAAGAGCUCGUGCAAGAUCGACGUGACCUACUUUCCGUUCGAUUACCAGAACUGCACCAUGAAGUUCGGGUCCUGGUCCUACGACAAGGCGAAAAUCGACCUGGUCCUCAUCGGCUCCUCCAUGAACCUCAAGGACUACUGGGAGAGCGGCGAGUGGGCCAUCAUCAAAGCCCCCGGCUACAAGCACGACAUCAAGUACAACUGCUGCGAGGAGAUCUACCCCGACAUCACGUACUCGCUCUACAUCCGGCGCCUGCCCCUCUUCUACACCAUCAACCUCAUCAUCCCCUGCCUGCUCAUCUCCUUCCUCACCGUGCUGGUCUUCUACCUGCCCUCAGACUGCGGCGAGAAGGUGACGCUCUGCAUCUCGGUGCUCCUCUCCCUGACCGUGUUUCUCCUGGUCAUCACCGAGACCAUCCCCUCCACCUCGCUGGUGAUUCCGCUCAUCGGCGAGUACCUGCUGUUCACCAUGAUCUUCGUCACGCUGUCCAUCGUCAUCACGGUCUUCGUGCUCAACGUGCACUACAGGACGCCGACCACGCACACCAUGCCUACGUGGGUGAAGACCAUCUUCCUGCACCUGCUUCCCAGGGUCAUGUUCAUGACCAGGCCGGCAGGCAGCGGAGGCCCCACCCAGAAGCCGAGGCCCUCGUACAGUGCGGAGCUCUCCAGUCUCAACUGCUUCAGCCGCACGGAGCCAAGAGGCUGCAAGGACGGCUGUCCCUGCCAGGAGGGGACAUGUGGCCAGUGCCAACACCGCAGGAUGAAAAUCUCCAAUUUCAGCGCCAACCUCCCGAGCCCCUCCAGCUCGGAGUCCAUCCAGGCCGUGCUGGCCCUCUCUACGAUGUCACCGGAAAUCAGAGAAGCCAUCCAGAGCGUCAGGUAUAUUGCCGAAAAUAUGAAAGCGCAAAACGAAGCCAAAGAGAUUCAGGAUGAUUGGAAGUACGUCGCCAUGGUUAUCGAUCGCAUUUUCCUGUGGGUUUUCAUCCUGGUGUGCAUUCUGGGGACGGCGGGGUUGUUUCUGCAGCCUCUGCUGGCGAAGGACGAGGCGUGAGCGCUGCACCGCGUUUGCCAGAGGGUGACCCACGUGGGCAGGGGGCGCAUUUGUUUCUUCUGGUGGUAAAACACACUCAUCCAGGACAUGCACCGUCUUCAUCACUGUUCGGCGCACAGUUCAGCAUAGGACACACACCCACGCUGUUGUGCAGCCCCCACCCCCACCUCCAGACCCCCUUCGUCCCGGGAAACCCGAACUCCCCAGCCCCUCCCCCCGCACCCCCAUUCCACAGUUUAUGGGAUUCUAAGUACCCCACACAAGCGGACUCAUGCAGUGCUCGUCUUUUCGUGACUGGCUUCUUUGGCCGAGCACAUUGUCUUCAAGGCUCGUCCGCGUCAUGGGUGUCAGAAUGUCCUUCCUGUUCGAGGCUGCGUGAUGCUCUGGUGCCCGUGUGUGCAUUCUGCUUAUCCAUUCAUCCGCCGCUGGACACCGGGGUGGCUCCCAAUUUUGGCUGCUGUGAACAUGGGUGCACAAGAAUCUGUUUGAGACCCUGCUUUCAAUUCUUUGGGGUGUAUGCCCGGAGCUGGAACUGUCGGAUCCUGCAGUAAUUCUACUUUUAAUUUUUUGAGGAAGCACCGAACUGCUUUCCACCAUGGCUGCACCAUCCCGCGCACCCACGAGGGCUCCAGCCGGCCUCGUCCUCAUCAACACUUGCUUCCUGGGCUUUUGGUAACGGCCAUCCUAAUGCAUGGGACGCAGUGUCUCACUAUGGCUUUGAUUUCGCAUUUAUGUGAUGUUGAGUCAUGUUGAGCUGCUUCUCCUGAGCCUCUCGGCCAUCUGUACGUCUUCUUCGGAGACAUGUCUGCUCAAGUCCUUUCCCGCUUCUGAAUUGGGUUGUUUGGGUGUUUGGGUUGUUAAGUUUUAGGAGUUCUCUAUAUAUUGCAGAUAUUAACCUCCUAUCAGAUAUGUGAUGUGCAAAUAUUUUCUCCCACUCUGUGGGUUGCCUUUUCACUCUGUUGAUAGUGUCUUUUGAUGCACAGAAGUUUUAAAUUUUCAUUAAUUCCAGUUUGUCAGUUUUUUGUCAUCUGUGCUCUUUUGUGUGAUAGCCAAGAAAUCCCCGCUAAAUCCGGUGUUGUAAAGAAUCUGUCCUGUUUUCUUCCAAGACGUUUAUUGUUUUAAGUCUUACACUUAGGCUUUUCUCACACUUUCUGUCAUCAAGCUACCAGCAUUGUUUUUGGCAUUUCAAGGCUUACUUAUUUAUCCAGUUGUCUUGAUUUUAUCAAAAGAGAUCCGUGCAAGAAAAACGUCAAGAGUAUUUAUUAUAGAUAAAUGAACAUUUAACCAGCCUUUUUGGUAAAGAAACGUCAAAAUACAGUUUUCCUGCAACGUUAGGUGUAUGCUCUACCACAGAAUAUGUAAAAAUGGCCUAAAUAUGAAAACUGUUGCCCUUUUUGCGGUAGGUGAGGCAUAAUGAGACAGGGGAACUGGCUGCUCAGAAAUGGGAACGUCUGUUUGGGUAUCACAAGAGAUUUCCUGAGGGCCCUCUUACCUAGCCCGCGACCUCCACGGUUUGUACUGUUUCAGCUGCUCCGCUCCCGCUCCCGCUCUGACCGCGCACCCCUGGUUCUCCCGUCUCCCGAGGGUCUGGGGGCCGCGCCUGCACCCCGGGGCAUCUCCACGUGUAUCCUGCAGCAUCCCGAGUGACUGCUGGGAGAGGUUGUGCCUGGCCCCACGGUCACUGCAGACGAACCUCUGCAACAGCAUUCCUCAGCCCUGGCAGCAGUGACGUUUCUGGUCAGAUAAUUCUGCACUGGAGGACUGUCCUGUACAUCGUAGGAUCUUUAGUGGCCCCCCGGCCUCUGCCCACUAGAUGCCAGUGACAUACCCCGGUCCCUUGCCGGUUAGGACAACCAAAAAUGUCUCCAAAAAUUAAGUGUCCCCUCGAGUGCAAAACUGCCCCUGACUGAGGCCCACUGCUUUAGACAGAUUAUUAAGAAGCAGCUCGCCUGUACCGCAGGUCUGAGUCUGACUGGCCACUGGUAGGAGACGAGGAUUCCCAGAGACCGUUCUGAUCUUCUCACUGGGCAUUUUGAUGUUUUGGCUACACAGAAAUAAAACUGACAAAAUUGCAGCCCGCGGUGACUCACGUUUCAGUAAGUCAAAGGAAGAUUUCUGUAAAAUUUAUUUACUUACAGAAAUUUUAAGUAACAGUAACGCAGACAGAUGAGGAAUCGGGGAGAUGACGUGCGAAGCUAGCUAACAGGCAGUUUAAACUCAGCAAACCCAACGUUCACCUGUUAAAUGACACUGAACAUGUGCCUACAGUAGGACAGAGAUGAGACGGAUCCCCUCCAUCUUCCAGAGAGCGCUGACUUGCCCUUAGAUGAUUACUUACUAUAAAUAAGGCAUUUGUUCUCGCAAGAGCUAGGAGUUGCUCAUCAAACCCAGGCUCCUGCUGGUGUGCUGUCCUGGGUCGCGGCUGAACAGGGGCACGAGAGAGGGACUCUAACUCGUGUACCCUCGACAGUCCACCCGGUCCUGAGUGAGCAGUGAAAGGCUACCGCUGCAUGACAUCUACCAGCCCUCACAACUCUAAGGCUCUAGCACUGUAACUGUUGGGACGAAAGAGAGAAACCAAAACAUUACAGGUAUGUAACGAUGUGCUUCUACCUAAUUAGAAACCACCUUUAAUCUCGGAAGAUGGUUUCUUCACAGUAGGAUUUGGUAGUAUCCAUGGAGGUUUUGAGUUCUAAAACUGGGAUUCACUUCAUUGUAGAGGACUAUUCUGAGAUGAAGGAUACAGAAGUGCUACAAUUUAUGUAGAAGAUGGUUAUUAUGGAAAAUAUGGACAAGGGGGUUGAAAUUAUUGUUAAUUAUUGAGAUACUUGUGC